CUAAGGGCGGGGAAUCCCCACACGAGGGCUCCGUUUCGAGAGACGGCGACAGAGGAAAGUUCGUAGCGCGUUCCGGAGGCCCGGCCACCUCUGAGAAGGGAGAUGCUGCUGGGUCCCCUGAGCGGGGCGACCCGAGCUUAUAUAGAAUUGGUGAUAGGAUCACAACUUCUGAGGUCCCAGCAAGAGUCCUAACAUCUAGCAGCUCUACCACCAGGACAGGCCCCCUAAAACUAAUUCCAACAAGCACCUCUGAAGUCUUCUCAUUCACAGGUUAAGGCUACCUUUCCAGAUAGUCCAACAGCUAAAUCACCAGUUUCCAAGGGCAUUUGCAUCACCUAUGGAAAGCAUCGGAUCCUUAUACACCAGAUGUUCUUGACAGCUCAUCCCAUCAUUCCCCCUGCACAAAAGUUGCUAUACCAGCGGACAACCAAGACAACUACUGAGCUUCUUUUGAUUGUCAAGUAGAUAUAAUAUCACUGCCAGCAAAACAGCACAAAAAGUGUCUCUUCACAGUAUCACUACCAAUUGGGACUAUGCUAAGUAAAUCAGCUUGCCUAGAUGAGGACCCCUUCUAUUCUUGGGUAGCCAGAAUUUGAAGGAGAUACUCUGACCUGUGCCACUGGUAAGUGACUAACACUUUUACACACUGAACUGGUCCUGGAAACUGAGAUGUCUUCCUUGUAAGUGAAGAAUAUACAACAUAAUCUUGAAGAACGGCACAGUGGUGUGGGCCGCAAGCAUACUUUAUGUGUGUAAUGGACUGAAAGACAAAUUAAUCUUGGCGAAAGGAUUUUUCAUCUCUUAUUUCUAUUUGCCAGUGUUAGUCAGUGUUCUGCUGGCUUAGAUUAUUACCUUUUUCUGGUUCCUUACUCUUUUUUAUUCUGAUGGGUCCUAGAAAUCCCUCUCCUGACCACUUGUCAGAAUCAGAAAGUGAGGAAGAAGAAAAUAUUAGCUACCUAAAUGAGAGUUCUGGGGAAGAGUGGGAUUCCUCUGAAGAAGAGGACUCUAUGGUGCCCAACUUAUCGCCUCUUGAGAGUCUUGCCUGGCAGGUUAAGUGCCUUUUAAAAUAUUCCACAACUUGGAAACCUUUAAAUCCUAAUUCCUGGUUGUAUCAUGCUAAACUCUUGGAUCCAAGCACACCAGUCCAUAUACUUCGAGAGAUAGGUCUAAGACUCUCCCAUUGUUCCCAUUGUGUCCCCAAACUGGAACCAAUUCCUGAAUGGCCCCCUCUGGCCUCUUGUGGAGUCCCACCUUUUCAAAAGCCUCUUACAAGUCCCAGCCGGCUCUCUAGAGAUCAUGCCACUCUAAAUGGAGCACUGCAAUUUGCCACCAAACAGCUAAGCCGAACAUUGAGUAGAGCCACUCCCAUACCUGAAUACCUAAAACAGAUCCCUAAUUCAUGUGUUUCUGGGUGUUGCUGUGGCUGGCUGACUAAAACAGUUAAGGAAACAACUCGUACUGAACCCAUCAACACUACUUAUUCUUACACUGACUUCCAAAAGGCAGUUAACAAACUCCUAACUGCAUCACUGUAAAGAUCUACCAUUUAUUCUGAUAUCUCUGAUGUUGCUAAUUGAGAAAGGGGUACAAAGUUAGUCAUUACACAGUCCACUAAUGCCUUCUCAGUCAAACUCUCUUAUGCCCUGGCAGGCCAAUGAGGAUACCCUUUGACAAACCCUGUAGAUAAAAUGAUAAUAUCAAGGUCAGGCAUGGUGGCUCACACUUGUAAUCCCAGCACUUUGGGAGGCUGAGGCGGGUAGAUCUGCUGAGGUCGGAAGUUUGAGACUAGCCUUGCCAACACAGUGAAACCCCGUGUCUACUAAAAAUAAAACAAUUAGCCGGGCGCGGCAGUGCAUGCCUGUAAUCCCAGCUACUCGGGAGGCUGAAACAGGAGAAUCACUUGAACCCAGGAGGCAGAGGUUGCGGUGAGUCGAGAUUGUGCCACUGUACUCCAGCCUGGGUGACAGAGCGAGACUGUCUCAAAAAAAAAAAAACAACGGAGAAUUAGUUAAGGGGACCGUAUUACAGAAGAUAGUUGAAUAUUCUUCACACUCACUUCUCACCCCACCCCAGUUUAUUCUGCCUUUCUGAAUGGCUUUAAUGAGAUAUCUGAUUAUUAAUGAAGAAAAGUAGACCACCACCCUUUUGUUAUCCAGACUUCAGAACAGCCAUUGUUGAAAGCAAGAAGUUAGCUACCCACAAUAAUACCUUUCUGAGCAUACUCUUCUCUAACAUGCAUUUCUAUGGAAGUAGUUGAAUUAAAUUGAGUAACUACACAAAGGAAAAUGGCAGGACUAUGAAUUUCUUUCCCAGCUUUUAUAUAGAUGUGCCUACAUAUGACACUCUUUAGGGUUCCUUUUUUUUUUCUUUUUUUUUUUGAGGUAGUUAAAUUGAGUAACUACACAAAGGAAAAUGGCAGGGAUAUGAAUUUCUUUCCCAGAUUUUAUAUAGAUGUGUCUGCAUAUGACACUCUUCAGAGUUCCUUUCAUUUUUUCUUUUAUUUGGCGGGGAGGGGAGGCAGGAGGAGUGCAGUUUUAAGCCUAGCCUAUACUACUACAAACUUAUUAUGGUACUUAAAAUUACAGCAUGAACGUUCUAUAUCAGAGUCUCCCACCAGGCUGUCUCUGGCUAAAUCAGCCUAUAAGAUCAUCCCUUGGGAUUAAACAAACACCUGUUCUGUAGGGAAUGUGUUUCCUGAAUCUUGGUACUCAGACUUUUGUCAAGAGUAAAUAAAAUAACGUUUCAAAAGAUGAAUGGAAAAAUGAUUAAGAGAGCAUUUCUGCUUUCAGUAUUAACUGCUAAUGGAUUAAAAUUUUAAUCUGUAUAGCAUUUCCUGGAGUAAAAGUUCAAGUACUUUCCACAUCCAUUGCAAACUUUUCAGGAACCCUUCUAAUUUUUUUUUUUUUUUUUUUUUUUGUUGAGACGGAAUCUCGCUCUGUCGCCCAGGCUGGAGUUCAGUGGCACAAUCUCAGCUCACUGCAAGCUCUGCCUCCCGGGUUCACGCCAUUCUCCUGCCUCUCCCUCCCGAAUAGCUGGGGACUAUAGGCAUCCACCACGCCCGGCUAAUUUUUUGUAUUUUUAGUAGAGACGGGGUUUCACCGUGUUAGCCAGGAUGGUCUUGAUCUCCUGACCUCGUGAUCCACCUGCCUCGGCCUCCCAAAGUGCUGAGAUUGAACCCUUCUAAUUUUAAAGAACCUUCUUAUCAGAAAAUCUCAUCCUAAUACAAUCUGAAGUUAAGAGUUUUAGCAGCAUUGUUUUUCUAAGUAGAUUUAGCUAUAGAUUUUCUUCUGGCCAAACAAGGAAGAGUAUAUGCCCUUGUAAAUGAGUCUUGUUUUGUUUAUUUAAAUAAUCAGUCAAAACAUAGAAAUCAGUAUACGUAAAAUAAAAUGCAUGAGACUAUUAAAUCUUUUCAUAUACUCCACAAAUAAAAUGAAAUCUGUGUGUGGUCCUGGUUGACUGGGCAUCUAAAGGGAAUCAGAAAAGAGAUUGUGAAAAGUAUAUAUAUAUAUAUAUCCUCUUCCUUAUUUUAGUUUUGCUUUUUCCUAUUUUCCAUAAUUAAGUGCCGUUUACAAAGUGGCAUCAAAAAAUUGAAGCAGGCCAGGCACGGUGGCUCAUGCCUGUAAUCCCAACAGUCUGGGAGGCUGAGGCAGGUGGAUCACUUGAGAUCAGGAGUUCGUGACCAGCCUGGCCAACAUGGUGAAAGCCCGUCUGUACUAAAAAUAUAAAAAUUAGCCGGGCGUGGUGGGGUGUGCCUGUAAUCGAAGCUACUUGGGAGGCUGAGACAGGAGAAUUGCUUGAGCCUGGGAGGUGGAGGUUGCAAUGAGCCGAGAUCGCACCACUGCACUCCAGCCUGGGCAACAGUGAGACACCGUCUCAAAAAAAAAAAAAAAAGGCAGUUAGGAAUCACAAAUUGUGUAAAUAUAUAGCAACUUUAAGAAAAGAAUGCUUAUAACUUAGUGAAUAUUUCUGCUGAGCCUUAGUUGUCUUGUCUAAAGGAAAAAAAGAGGGAAUUGUAGAAUAAAAGUAUUUGUUAGUGGAAAUUAUUGACCUGAAACCAUAUCAUAUUGUUAGUGUAACUGAAUGUAUCAGAAAUUGUUCCUAUGUAGGUAUUCUGUGAAACUGGUUUCUAAAAUGUUACAGGAAACUUUCCUUUUUUUUUUUUUUUUUUUUUGUUUGUUUAAGUGGAGGUGGGAGGAGGUAGGGAAGAGGUCUGAAUAUUAAAAUAUGUUGAUGUUUAUGUGUUCAUAAUAUGUUCCUUUUUCUCUGUGUGUGUGUGUGUAUAAAAGUGCCUUGCUCAUGAAUGCAUUUUUGCUAUUCACUUCGAAAGGAAGCCUUUCCCCAGCUUGGCAGCUGAAUAAACCAAUAGCUUUGUACAUGCUGAACAGAGUAUGGUCAUUUGUCCUCAACAAAUGAAAUAGAUCCUACUUUGCUUAAGGCAUAUUCUACAUUCACUAAGUACUGAAUAGAGUUAAUAGAUACAGUACCUGAAUCUAUAUAGUAUGUCUGACAGGAGAUGACUUGGCGUCUCUAGAGAAGAAACACUUGAAGAAGAAAAUGUCUGAUAUUCAGUCAAGAUUCAAAGUGAGCUUAUUUGUUUAUAUAUUUUAAGUAAUUACAGGUUGCACAAAUAACAGGUACCUAAAUAAGCCUUAAGUUAACUUUGUGUGUGCCAUAAACACUGGGUUUGGGAAUGAAUUUACUACCUUUGCACUCCCUAUGUUGGCUUCUGGUUAAAUGCAGUCACCAUAAUUAGGAUAAAAAGAUGAAUUUAUCCUCUAUUUAUGGAAAUAUUUAUCAAAGGAGUAAGGAAACUUUCUAAACCAGUGGACAUUAACUGUCUUUUACUUUCUCAGUGCAGAUAGGCAACUUUUUUUUUUUGAGAUGUAGUUUCACUCGUUGCCCAGGCUGGAGUGCAAUGGUGCAAUCUUGGCUCACUGCAACCUCCACCUCCCGGGUUCAAGCAAUUCUGCCUCAGCCUCCCGAGUAGCUGCAAUUACAGGCAUGUGCCACCACACCCAGCUAAUUUUGUAUUUUUAGUAGAGACGGGGUUUCUCAAUUGGUCAGGCUGGUCUCUAACUCCUGACUUCAGGUGAUACACCUGCCUCAGCCUCCCAAAGUGCUGGGAUUACAGGCGUGAGCCACCACGCCCAGCCAUAGGCAACAUGUUUAUUAAAACAGUCCAGAUACCUUGAGCCUCAAAGACCAUAAUCAUGUCUUUUAAUCCCAUCUGCUUCCUAAAAAAAGGAAAAAAUCCAUACAUGCAUGGCAGGAGGGCAUAUGAUAGGUCCCCUCUAGGGGACAGAAGCCCUUCCUGCUGGGCCUUCUAUCACACCUGUCCAUAUUUAAAAAAAAAAAAAAGUCUCUGAUGAAAAUGUUUUGAUAUUAGUGUAAAUAGCUAAAGCAUUUAAAGACUUUAGAAGUCACUUGGGUUAUUUUCUGAUGCGUAAGUUGGCUUGCAUCUGGCUUUCUACUUUUGGCUCCAGUGUUAGAGAACAUGUCUUUUGGAGCAGCCUGUUAGUUUUAAAUAUCUCUUGUUAGAAAUUUAGCCAUUCAUCCAAUAUUGCUAUGGAGAAGUGCCUACUCUAGUGCAGACACUGGGAAUGCAAAACUAAAUAAGAUUACUACACAUAGGAAAUUAAUUUUAAAAUAUAUGAACCUAUAUAUUACCCCAAGCCAUUUCUGCUAUCUAGGGUCAUAUGAAAUAAACCUAAACCCUAAUCCAUAUGUUGGCCCUUCACAUAUUGAAAAUAGCUUAUACUGGAGAAUCAUAUGAAAGAAUUGAAUGGAGCAGCCAUCCAAGUGUAAUGAAGAUUCAUAUGGAGGGCAGACUUCAAUUAAACCCCCACAACGGAUACUCAGCCAAGGAAAUGGAGAAAAUAUAUAGAUAUUUUGUAUACAGAUUUAAAUUAAAUCUGCUAAUCACAAGGUAGUGGCACAAAGAUCAGGGCCAAAAGUGUUCUGCUCAGGUAGCUAGGAUAUAUAGAACAGCCUGAGAAGUCUGGAUAACUUCUCAGACUUCAUGAGAUAACUGUGCAAGCUGGUAACAUAUCUGUCCACCACUGAUACCCAUUGGACUGAGAGAGUUACAUUAGCUGGACCAACCACCAGUACUUCUAUGUCAACUUGCUGUUGCUAAAAGAAAAAUCUCUAUGAUGUGUCUCAAAUAAUGUUAAAUAAAGUUGAGUUAAUGACUACAUAUUUGAGUCUGCUAAUUUCAUGCAGUUUGCCAAGCUCUUCCUUUCAAUUAGCAGCAGCAGUGAGACUUAUUAUAAAAGUUUGCAACUGAGACCAAGAAAUGGAAAGGAUGAGGAUAUACCACAGUGACCUGACACUUGCUGGCUUCCCAUCUUCUGUGAGAGCUAUGACCAGCUAUUCUCAAUGAGCUGUGGAAAAUGAAUGCCUGGUUUUCUUCUUUUUUUUUUUUUAUUUAUUUUUUUGACACAGGGUUUCACUCUUGCCCAGGCUGGAGUGCAGGGGCAUGAUCUUGGCUCACCACAGCCUCGACCUCCCAGGCUCAAGCCAUCCUCCCACCUCAGCCUCAUCAGUAGCUGUGGACUACAGGUGCACACCACCACACAGGCCAAUUUUUGUAUUUCUUUGUAGAGGCAGUUUCACUCAGGCUGGUCAGGAACUCCUGAGCUCAAGCGAUCCUCCCACAUCAGCCUCCCAAAGUGUUGGUGUUACACUGGUACCUGGUUUAAAAAAAAAAAAGGAAAACAACAGUGUAACAGGAAGACAGCUAUAGGGU